AAUUAAUUACAGCUGUUCAGAAAUGUGCUGCAGACCUUUCUUCUACCAGUCGGUAAUUUUCGAUCGGCUGUUGCGUCCGAUGAUUAGCAUUUAGCGCCCUCGAAGUACAAGAACAUCGACGCGGCCGCUGCACUUUAUCGCAUGGAUCCCUCUGUGUUGUCCCAUUCGAGACGGCGGGGCGCGUGUUGCAUUACGGAAGCUGCGCGGCGAUGAAUCGAUGCAGCCGUGGACGGUUGUUUCAGCAUUAAGGGCUACUACGAUAGGCUUUCUCUUGUUGAGUGUACAGUCUACAGAAGAUUUUGCGCCCGGCUGAAACACCGGCAUUUCCAUGAUCGAUUAGACGGAACAAGCGGGGACCUGUGGAUGACGAGAGACUGCGGCAGUUAAAGAAUACGCGCAGCCAGCUGCAGCUGAUUGUCGCUCCUUCAUUUUUCUCAGCGUCUUUUGUGAGUGUUGUCGCCCAUAUUGAUAUAAGUUUAUUUAUUUGGGGGCCGAUUUCCUUUGUCGACCUGCUAUCAUGUAGACAGUAUUUUCUAUUUAUUUUCAUAAUUCGUAAAAUGUUAUAUUUUUCUGAAUUACAAAUCGGAUGUAAUUGUGUGCUAGAGUAUCAAAAAUUCUGUGCCUAUGUUUUUCAAGAAAUUUCCUUGUUCAAAAAUGACCAGAGACGUUGCCAUCUGGAUGCUGCGCAGUUGCAGCGGAAGUCUCUGUAGUGCAAGAUUCUCAUCGUAGGCCGGCGCAUUCCACGGUCAUGCAGUAUUAUUGAGAAUCAUGCAUUGAGAAUUUUUGCUUAAACGUCGGAUUCUCUCCAACGCCGAAAUUAUUCACCGAAAUCAUGGAUACCGAUAACAGCUCCGAAGGAGACAAUGACAAGAUAAAGGAUCGUCUUAUGAAACACCUAAAGAAAGAGGUGAAGCAGAUCAUGGAAGAAGCCGUUAUGCGAAAGUACAUCAGCGAAGACAGUUCAUCUAUUACGUCGCUCUGCGCUUGCGUGGAGGCUUGUUUGACGCAUGGGCUAAAAAGGCGCACUUUGGGUCUCUUCAAAACGGCAUCUAGUACCGCGGCACUGCUCCAGAAGAUCUCCAAAUCCUGCCCGGAAGCGGACGCUGUAAGGAAGAUCCAGUACAAUUUUGAGCCGGUAGUCAGCAUGACGAGUUUCGGGAGCAGGAAAGCGCUUUUCGACAAACGAAACAGCAAAUCGCUACCACCGUUGAAGAAGCUGCCGGGGCCGACGGUUACCCAUAAAUAUUUAUGGAUUCGCAUUGCACUCGUGGAAAAAGUCCUGGAUAAGAUUGUGGAUUACCUCGUUAAGUCGGCGGAUAAGUAUUACUCCGCCAAUUCCCUAAUUGCUGACCCUACGGAUGGACCAAUAAUUGCGUCGCUGUUGGUUGGCCCGUGCGCACUGGACUUCUCCCGCAUGAAGACUCCUGAUCAUCUGUGGACGGAUCCUUCGGCGGAUGAACUCGUCUUGCGGCACCGUAUUCACGGCAGCGCGGUGCAGUACCAAGUAUCCAACGGUAGCCUGUCGUCACCUAAGCGCUUCGGUUUGAGCUUUAAGCGCAAUGCCAGCCAUAGUUCCAGUAGCUGUGAAGAGGCUGUUCCGCGCAGUGCCGCCAAAGACUACGUGGAGUCACUGCAUCAGAACAGCAAGAGCACGCUGCUGUACGGGAAGAACAAUGUGAUGAUGCGGCCGCGUGACACCAGUCAGCCCAUGCAGGGCUAUCUCUCCCUGCAUCAGUCCGGGGAAUCCCUGCUCGCCAUCAAAUGGACGCCAAAUCAGCUAAUGAACACUCCGGCUGAUGAGUCUUUUGAUAUGGUGGUGGAGCGCAGUCAGUACUGGGAUUAUGCCAUCUGUAUUUCCGUGCCGACCAUUGUUUAUUUGCACUGCCAUCAUCAACCCGAUCAUAGCGGAUCCAUUGUACUGGUUGGCCAAGAUGGUAUCCAGUUUCCGCCCCUCCAAUUUCCUCCUGGUGGCCAUUUGUUGGCGUUUCUGUCUUGCCUAGAAACCGGCUUGGAGCCCUUUGGCCGACUAGAUCCGCCGUUAUGGUUUGAGCCGGGCAUCGGAAAAGUCUUUCCCCACCUCAAACGCAAAACCGCGCAAUCCUCCGAGCCGGAAUCAACGAGCUUCGAUUAUGUAUUUCGUAUCAACUGUGACUUGCCAAAUUUAUCUCAGAGCAAAUUGAAUUUGAUCAUGCACACUGAUCUGAUGCCGCACCCACUGCGGCAAGUGUCCUCCGGGAUCCAGUCGACAUUAUCCAAUUCGGAUCAGUUUUCCUCUAGUAACAGUGCGGGCAGUGCCGCCAGUCAAGCACCCGAUUCACCGGCCAAGUUUUUCGACUUCGACCACUUGGAUCUGGCUGAUGAGUUGGGUGAUUCCCGUUCCUCCAUGCUCCGCGCAUGUGAUACCAUGAAACAACAGCUAAUCACCCGGGCGUUCUACGGAUGGCUCGCUCAUUGCCGGCACUUACGCACCGUCCGCCAGCACCUUUCCGGUCUGGUGGCCGGCGAGCCCGUGACCGUGGAUGACCCGGCCGAUGCCUCAUCCGGUCUGAGUAAGCCGGUGUGGGAAGCGCAUCGCAGCGGGGAUAGUGUCCUCUCCGGUGAUGAAUUAUGCCGCCUCGUCUACUACGGCGGCGUGGAGCCAUCCAUUCGGCGCGAAGUGUGGCCGUGUUUGCUGGGUCACCAUGCCUGGCAUUCAUCCGGCGACGAGCGGGAUUCACUGGAUGCUGUCAUGCGUGUCAGCUACGAGCACAGCAUGUCCGAAUGGAUGGCUGUGGAAGCAAUAGUGCGGCAGAGAGAUAAGGAGAGCUUUGCAGCCAGUGUCGCCAAGAUCACCCAUCAGACAUCGGUGGAGAUACCCUUGGUGGGCAAAGAUACCACUUUAAGCAACGAUGUCUUUGAGGACGACGUAAUGAGUGUCAGCUCGACGGAGACACCGUCCGAAUGGACACUGAGUGCUCAAAGCGCUCACGAUAGGAAAGAGUCGCUGCGGAGUAUGCCGAGCAUCAGCAAAGAUUUUGUGGAUGACGGCACAACAAACGCUGCAGAUGAGCCAAAUGGAUCGACUGACGUUGCUGGAAAUAAUGAAGUGGGUGAGGCCGCCCCGCAGGAAGCAGUUAACGGAUUAUCAUCCAGCGUAAUGAUAACACAAUCCACCGUCGAUCACCAUAACGCCGACAGCGGAAUGCAGCGCAUCUGUUCCACAGGAUUCUUAGGGGAUGAGCUCAAGGAAAGCGAAUGCCCGUCGCCGGCAUCCAGCAUUGGUGGCAUAUAUACGGAACAACUUGUGGAUGAAUUUGCCAUGAAUCUGCAUAGGAUCGAUAAGGAUGUGGCGCGUUGCGAUCGGACAUAUUACUACUUUACGCACGCCAAGAAUCUAGAGAAAUUGAGGAAUAUUAUGAGUACAUACAUCUGGCUGAAUUUGAAAGAAGGAUAUGUACAGGGCAUGUGCGACGUGGCAGCACCGCUGUUAGUGACCUUUGACGACGAAGUCAUGGCGUUCACCUGCUUCUCGGAGCUAAUGAAGCGGAUGGCGCGAAAUUUUCCCACCGGUGGUGGCAUGGACCGGAAUUUCGCCAACAUGCGCUCGCUCAUACAGGUUCUCGAUCCGGAGUUGUAUGACCUCAUGCGGGCCAAUGGCGACUAUACACACUUUUACUUUUGCUAUCGGUGGUUUCUUCUGGAUUUUAAACGGGAAUUGGUGUACGACGACGUUUUUAUGGUGUGGGAAACGAUUUGGGCAGCGACCCGUGUGGCCAGCCAAGAGUUUGUACUUUUUCUAGCCCUUGCCAUGCUGGAAUGCUAUCGGGAUAUUAUUCUGGACAACGGCAUGGACUUUACCGACAUCAUCAAAUUUUUCAACGAAAUGGCUGAGCAUCACGAUGGGAAAACAAUUCUACGAAUUAGCCGUGAUUUAGUUCAACGAAUUCAGAAUUUGAUAAACACUCAGUGAUCUCUUUUCUCCGACCGCGAAGUCUAUUUUCCAGAGAAGCUAAUUUAAAUAAACAUGUAGGAGUGGAAUUUUUAACCUUUUAAUAAAAUUUUGACCUUUGGCUGUUGAGUAGUUUUUUUCAGGCUAAAAUCCAGUUAAUGCUGUUUUUAUAAAGCCGAUUUAUUGUUCAUUUUGUAGGUAUUUGGCUACAAAUCCGUAAAGCGUUAAUAAAACAUUCCGUAUUCU